AUGACAAUACAGUACGAAAUACAUAAAAUACGGAUUUAUUCAAAGUCGGACAAAUCCAUCAUCGCCAAUGUGCCUCAUAUGUCAAAAAACAUUUUCAAAUGAAGCAAUGAAGCUUUCUUGACUACUCGAUCAUUUUAAUAAAAUGCAUUUAGAUAUGAAAGACAAAGAUGUGACUUACUUUCAAAAUAUGGAAAAAAAGUACGUAGCUCACAACCUACUUUAUCAACACUUUUUUCUGCGGUUUCUAAACAAGUCAAUGAUGGUGCGUCAUACAAUAUAUCAUUGUUAAUUGCUAAAACAGGCAAACCACAUACCAUUGGGGAAGACUUAAUUUUACCAGCAAUAAAAAAAGUGAUAACAACUGUGCUCCAUAAACCAGCGGCAGAUAUUAACCGAAAAAUUCUUUUGAGCAAUAGUUCUGUACAAAGACGAAUUGAUGAGAUGGCUGAAAAUAUUGAAAAUCAUUGUGCAAUCAUUUGA